AUGUCACAUCCGUCAAUUCCGACUAUAAGUCAAUUUCGCAAAGAACAUAAUAUCUGUUUUGAAUCACGAAACGAUGACUCAUACGAGGCGUGGAUGGGAUGCCUUCAACAGCGUAUUUCAAAUGAACAUAUUGUGCAGAGCAUGACUCAUGAUCAUUCUUAUGAUUAUCAUAGAAAAAGCGUACCAAAAGUACUUUCUGAAAAGUUACCACCACCUUCUGAUGUCAGUAAUUCACAAAAUCCAUCGAUUCACAGCGAUACAGGCGAUGCUCAGUCGAUGGAACCAUUGAGAGUACUUGGACCAGAUUUUCCAUUCGCCUACGAUGACUAUCUCGCUCACUCAGCUGGAAUAGGCUCAGUACCUGAAAGUGUGUAUGGUACCGAGGUGGCUAUAAUCGGAGGCGGACUCUCUGGAAUCAUCACAGCUUACGAAUUGAUGAAAUUGGGUUUUAAACCAGUCGUAUAUGAGGCAGAGGAGAUUGGUGGUCGCAUGCGUUCUGUGAGCUUCAAAAACCAUCCUGAAGUUGUGGCAGAAAUGGGAGCGAUGCGAUUUCCAUUGUCAUCUGUAGCACUCUUUCAUUACAUCAAUCUGUGCAAGCUCGAAACAAAACCGUUUCCGAACCCUCUAUGUCCUGCUACCCCCAGUACAGUAAUCGAUCUGAACGGCGAGGUGUGCUACGCACACACUCUCGAGGAUUUGCCAGAUAUAUUUCGUAAGGUUGCUAGCACGUGGUAUAAUACUCUGAGUAGUUACGCUAGAUUGAAAGACAUGCAAACUGCGAUUCACAAUCGUGAUGUAGCUACGAUCAAAAGGAUUUGGAAUUCGUUGGUCAAACAGUUAGAUACGCAAACGUUCUAUGGUUUUCUCUGUAACUCACCGCUGUUCAAGUCUUUUCAACAACGUGAAUUAUUUGGCCAAGUUGGCUUUGGUACUGGUGGCUGGGACACAGACUUUCCUAAUUCGAUUCUCGAAGUACUUCGUAUCAUUUUUACCCACUUCGAUGACAACCACCAUUUCAUUGUCGGUGGUUGUCAGCAGUUGCCGAUUCGUCUUUGGAAGCAAUCGCCAAAAAAUAUGACACAUUGGCCUGUCGGCACGACGUUGCAGAGUCUACAUGCGAAUGGACAGCCUAGAAAAGCUGUAACACACCUUCAUCGUAUAAAUCCGAACAAGAUCGUAGUGACAGAUGCAGAUGGAAAUAGUCAUACUUAUUCUGCAGUUGUCUUCACUGCACAUAAAUGGACGCUGUUGAAUCAGAUUAAAUCAGAUCGUGAUCUCCUACCGAUCGAUCAGUGGAUUGCGAUCGAACGCACCCAUUAUAUGGGGUCUACAAGACUUUGCGUUCUAGUCGAUCGACCCUUCUGGAAAGACAAAGAUCCGGCAACAGGGCGUGAUUUGAUGAGUAUGACGUUGACUGAUCGAUUGACUCGGUCUACUUAUCUAUUCGACGAUGGUCCAGAUCGCCCGGGUGUCAUCUGUCUAUCCUAUACGUGGGGCGAUGAUUCGUUGAAGUGGCUAACUCUAUCGGCAAACGAGCGUCUCGACGCAAUGUUACGAUGCAUGCAUAAUAUAUAUCCUAACAUCAAUGUUGAAGAACAUAUCAUCGACGAUCCAGUUACUCUGUCAUGGGAGACCGAACGUAAUUUUAUGGGAGCGUUCAAGAAUAAUCUACCUGGUCAGUAUCGUUACCAAGUGCGUCUAUUCACUCAUUUCAUGCAAGAUUAUAUUUCGGAAAAAAGUCGUGGAUUUUUCAUCGCAGGUGAUGACGUAUCGUGGACGGCUGGAUGGGCUGAAGGUGCUGUUCAAACAGCACUCAAUGCAGUUUGGGGAGUAAUGCAUCAUUUUGGUGGCAACACUCACCUUGACAAUCCAGGUCCUGGAGACAUGUUCGAACAACUUGCUCCACUGGUUCUAGAAGAUGAGCAUGCUCCAUGGCUAUCCUCUUCCAGAACCAACCGGACGUCGACAACAUGCACACGUCUACGUUCCGGUACAUUGUAA